AUGGGUGACUACUCGAAAGCACUUGAAUUUUACCAAAAAUCACUUGAAAUAAAAGAAAAAUCUCUGCCUCCGAAUCAUCCACGGUUUGCUAAUUCAUACAGCAACAUCGGUGAAGUGUAUAAUAACAUGGGUGACCACUCGAAAGCACUUGAAUUUUACGAAAAAGAUCUAGAAAUCACAAAAAAAGCUUUGCCUUCCAAUCAUCCCGAUUUGACUACUUCAUACAGCAACAUCGGUCAAGUGUACAGCGACAUGGGUGACUACUCGAAAGCACUUGAAUUUUACCAAAAAUCACUUGAAAUAAAAGAAAAAUCUCUGCCUCCGAAUCAUACACGGUUCGCUAAUUCAUACAGCAACAUCGGUCAAGUGUAUAAUAACAUGGGUGACCACUCGAAAGCACUUGCAUUUUACGAAAAAGAUCUAGAAAUCACAAAAAAAGCUCUGCCUUCGAAUCAUCCCGAUUUGGCUAAUGCAUACAGCAAGAUCGGUCAAGUGUACAGCGACAUGGGUGACAACUCGAAAGCACUUGAAUUUUACCAAAAAUCACUUGAAAUAAAAGAAAAAUCUCUGCCUCCGAAUCAUCCACGGCUUGCUAAAUCAUACAACAACAUCGGUCAAGUGUAUAAUAACAUGGGUGACUACUCGAAAGCAGCUGAAUUUUACGAAAAAUCACAUCAAAUCUUCGAAAAAGCUCUACCUUCGAAUCAUCCCGAUUUGGCUACUUCAUACAGCAACAUCGGUCAAGUGUAUAAUAACAUGGGUGACCACUCGAAAGCACUUGAAUUUUACGAAAAAGAACUAGAAAUCACAAAAAAAGCUCUGCCUUCGAAUCAUCCCGAUUUGGCUAAUGCAUACAGCAAGAUCGGUCAACUGUACAGCGACACGGGUGACUACUCGAAACCACUUGAAUUUUACCAAAAAUCACUUGAAAUAAAAGAAAAAGCUCUGCCUUCGAAUCAUCCCGAUUUGCCCAAUGCAUACAGCAACAUUGGUCAAGUGUAUAAUAACAUGGGUGACUACUCGAAAGCACUUGAAUUUUACGAAAAAGAUCUAGAAAUCACAAAAAAAGCUCUGCCUUCGAAUCAUCCCGAUUUGGCUACUUCAUACAACAACAUCGGUCAAGUGUAUAAUAACAUGGGUGACCACUCGAAAGCACUUGAAUUUUACGAAAAAGAUCUAGAAAUCACAAAAAAAGCUCUGCCUUCGAAUCAUCCCGAUUUGGCUAAUGCAUACAGCAACAUCGGUCAAGUGUAUAAUAAUAUGGGUGACCACUCGAAAGCACUUGAAUUUUACGAAAAAGAUCUAGA